CUCUGAAGAACCAUGGCUCUCCGCACUCCUCUGACCCUCUUGACCCUUCUGACCCUCACCCUCCUGGGCUGUGGACAUGCCGAGGAGAAGGUGUUCCUCCAGAGGGCAGGAGAAGCCUUCAACAGCCGCAGCUACAGCUCCAUCCUCACGGUCACCAAUGGAGAGCAGUUCGGCAACUGGACCUGGCCCGAGAUGUGCCCCGAGAACUUUUUUGCGGUCGGCUUCAGUGUCAGGGUGGAGUCAAACCAGUAUGGAUCUGACGACACAGCUCUGAAUGGGAUCCGGCUCAUCUGUGCCAAAGACGAGAGCCGCAGCUUCCUCUACACAGUGGAGUCACACGCUGGAUAUUUCGGCGACUGGUCGGCUCCUCAGUACUGUCCCACUGGAGUGCUGACCUCCUUCCAGCUGCGUGUGGAGCCACACCAGGGCCUGUUUGGAGAUGACACCGCCGCCAACAACAUCAAGUUCCGCUGCAGCAGCAAUCCCACACUGGAGGGCUCAGGCACAGAGUGGGGCGAGUACGGCCACUGGAGCCAGGAGUGCUCUGAGGGAGGCAUCUGUGGAGUGGAGACCAAGAUGGAGGAGUACCAGUGGGGCCUGGAUGACUCCACCCUCAACGAUGUGCGUUUCCACUGCUGCGCCAAGAGCCCACAGUGAUGACCAGAGCUGAGGUGAAGACUGAGCAUGCUCCGAUCGGCUCUCCUCUGUUCACUACUUUGAAUAAAGCU